AUGUCUUCCGCUCUCGAGCAGCUCAAGAACUCUGGUACCGUUAUUGUCUGCGACUCUGGUGACUUUGCCACAAUCGACAAAUACAAGCCCCAGGAUGCCACUACCAACCCCUCCCUGAUCCUAGCUGCUUCCAAGAAGCCCGAUUAUGCCGCCCUCAUUGAUGCCGCUGUCUCCUAUGGCAAACGGAAGGGUAAUACCAUUGACGAGCAGGCCGAUGCCACUGUAGAUCGCCUCCUCGUCGAGUUCGGCAAGGAGAUCCUCAAGAUCAUUCCCGGCAAGGUCUCGACCGAGAUCGACGCCAAGCUGUCCUUCGAUACCCAAGCCUCCGUAGACAAGGCCUUGCACAUCAUCAAGGUCCACAUCCUUCCACUUGUUAUACAAUUACGAAUCGUAAAUGCUAACUGUAUUCAACAGCUAUAUGAAGAGGAGGGUAUCUUUAAGGAUCGCGUCCUGAUCAAGAUCGCCUCCACGUACGAGGGCAUCAAGGCUGCCCACAUCCUGCAGGCCGAUCACAACAUAAAUUGUAACCUGACACUCAUUUUUUCCGAGGUUCAAGCCAUUGCUGCCGCCGAAGCCGGGGCGUUCCUGAUAUCUCCAUUCGUUGGUCGUAUUCUGGACUGGCACAAGAAUGCCUACAAACGCGACUACACCGCCCAGGAGGAUCCCGGUGUCAAGUCCGUUCAAGCGAUCUUUAACUACUACAAGAAGUACGGCUACAAAACUAUCGUCAUGGGCGCUUCUUUCCGCAACGUCGGCGAGGUCACCGAGCUAACUGGCUGCGACUACCUGACUAUCUCGCCCCACCUCUUGGAGGAACUGUACAAUUCCACCGCUGUCGUGCCUAAGAAACUCGACUCUGCCCGGGCCGCCGGGCUGGACAUCCCUAAGCGCGAAUACCUCCACAAGGAGGCCGAGUUCCGCUUCGACUUCAACGAGGAGACUAUGGCCGUCGAGAAGCUGCGUGAGGGCAUCUCGAAGUUUGCCGCUGACGCCGUCAUUCUUAAAAAUUUGCUCAAGCAGAAGCUUCAGGUUUGA